AAGAGGACGUCCGCGGCUUGUUUGCGUGUUCUGUUCCCGUGCUUUGAAAUUUUAGUGUCAAUUAUCGUUUUUAUGACAGAAAGUUUAUAUAUUUUGAUACUAAUGUUAUUCUUUUAGUGAUAUUCGUUAAAUAUAUGUGUAGGAUGGCUUUAAUGCUGACAUAAUGCGAGUGUUUACAAAAAACUAAUUUUGAUUACCUUUCCAAAAUGUUAGUGUAUUAAAUAAUUUAUAAGACAGUACUGUCAUCAAAUUAGUAGUGCCAUCGAAAAUGUGUCCAAAAACACUUUAAUCUAACGUAAAUAUAUUGGUAUAUUCAUUAUAAAAACGCCGGUCGUAAGAAAUAAAAUGAGUUCGCCUGAGAAGGACAUUGAGUUGAGCCCAGUGAAAAGUGACCCUAAUCCUACUGGCCCAGCGCUUCCGGAGAAGCUGAAUGUGCCGAUAGAUGACGAGGAAGAUGUUAUCAUCGGACGGUUUAGAAAAAUAAGUUCUGCUAAGUCUAUGGCAGCUACAAACGGCCAGAUACAGUACCCUUCUGAUAUAACAGUGAAGUUGGAUGGUGAUACCGAGUCAGGAUUGCAGUUUAAGAAGGAGCCUGGUGAGAAGGACAAGCUACUGGAGCCGAACAAUGGUGUAGUGAUGCAGAGGAAGACUCCAGUCACUAAGAGCAGUUUUAGAGAUAUUGAGAAGCCAUCUCGGUUCAGGAAUCAGCAGUCGGCUACCAGGUUCCAGAUGCAGGGCAAGUCUGAGGAUGAGGCAACGGAGGACUCCAACGAAUCGGGGAUGGAGAGCGACGAUCCGCUCACGGCGUCUGACACCAAAUAUGGCAAGAGCUUCAGACAUUUCACCCGCGAAGCGUUGCCCAGGCUGGACAACUACAGGAACGUGUUGUCCCUGCACGCGGCGCCCCGACCCACAUUGGACGAGCUGCACAAUGCUUCUCUGUCCAGGAAGCCAGGUCAAACCAUGGAGAAAGACGCUGAGGGUCCGGCGUUGCCCAGCCCCAACCUGAAGUUCGGCUGGAUUAAGGGCGUGCUGAUGCGAUGUCUGCUUAACAUUUGGGGCGUGAUGCUCUUUCUCCGACUCUCCUGGGUGGUUGGGCAGGCUGGCGUGGCGCAGUCAAUCCUGCUCAUCAUGACGACGUCAGUGGUGACCACCAUCACGGCGCUCUCCAUGUCUGCGAUUAGCACCAACGGGGUCAUCAAGGGAGGCGGAACGUACUACAUGAUAUCGCGAUCGCUCGGCCCCGAAUUUGGCGGCAGCAUCGGCCUCAUAUUCUCAAUGGCGAAUGCUGUCGCUUGCGCUAUGUAUGUCGUCGGCUUUGGCGAGUCGCUUAUAACGCUCAUACCUGAGUCGGCAUACAUAGUCAGCAAGGCAUGGGACCAAACAAUCUACGGCUGCAUCACUAUAGUCUUACUCACGGGUAUUGUUAUGGUGGGCAUGGAGUGGGAGGCCAAAGCCCAAAUAGUGUUGCUGUUCAUACUCCUAGCCGCCAUAGCGAAUUUUCUAAUAGGGGCCAUUGUAGGCCCGAAAAGCGAUGUCGAGAUUGCGCAGGGAUUUGUUGGAUACAACAUGACGGUAUUGAGAAACAACAUGGGGCCUGAUUACAAGUUCUACGAGGGUGUGGACCAUUCAUUCUUCUCCGUGUUUUCGAUAUUCUUCCCUGCGGCUACAGGGAUUCUUGCUGGCGCUAAUAUUUCUGGCGAUCUUAAGGACCCCCAAAAAUCUAUACCAAAAGGUACUAUCCUGGCCAUUCUACUAACGACCCUAUCGUACCUGGUGAUUGCCGUGAUCGUGGGCUGGACUGUGCUACGGGAAGCCACAGGCGCGGUGGAAGAUGUGGCCAAUUGGACCAUGGGCGCCUGCACUAACAGGAGCUGCGAGUACGGACUGCAUCAUAGUAAUGAUGUGAUACGUCUGGUGUCUGGUUUUGGACCUCUGAUAUACGCGGGAUGCUUCGCAGCCACUCUAUCUUCUGCGUUAGCUUCUCUCGUAUCCGCUCCCAAAGUAUUCCAGGCAUUGUGUCAAGACAAGCUGUACCCGUACCUGGAGUUCUUCGCGAAGGGCUACGGCAAGAACAACGAGCCAGUGCGAGGAUACGUGCUCACCUUUCUUAUCGCUUUUGCAUUCAUUCUAAUGGGUGGUUUGAACCAGAUCGCACCGCUGAUUUCGAACUUCUUCCUUGCUGCGUAUACGUUGAUUAACUUCUCAACAUUCCACGCGAGUCUCGCCAAACCCGUCGGUUGGAGGCCUACUUUUAGACUGUACAAUAUGUGGCUGUCGCUACUGGGAGCGGUGCUGUGCCUGGCGAUCAUGUUCGUGAUCUCGUGGAUCACGGCGCUCGUCACGUUCGCGUGCCUGCUCGCGCUCUACCUGCUCGUGUCCUACAGGAAGCCAGAUGUGAACUGGGGCUCGACAACGCAAGCACAGACGUACAAGGCGGCGUUGUCAGGCGCGCACCAGCUCAACCGCGUCACUGAACACGUUAAAAACUACAGGCCCCAAAUACUGGUGCUGACUGGGUUUCCGGGCGAGAGACCCAUCCUGACCGACUUCACGUACCUCCUGACUAAAGGCUUAUCGCUGAUGCUUUGCGGUCACAUUGUACCUAAUCAAGUAAGCCACCGUGGUCGUGAGGCUCUCUCAAACCGCGCCUACCACUGGUUCAACAAGCGGAAGAUCAAAGCCUUCUACAGUUUGGUCGACGACGUCAGCUUCAAGGAUGGCGCCAGCGCGCUUAUACAGACCAGUGGCCUUGGCAAGCUGAAGCCAAACAUUCUGAUGAUGGGUUUCAAGGAGAACUGGCUUGACUGCGACCGUUCUGAAAUCGUUGACUACGUGGAAGUUAUGCACAAAGCAUUGGACGUGCACAUGGCAAUUGCGAUCCUGCGUGUGGAGGGCGGGCAGUACACAAGCGAGGCGCUCGAUGAUGACCUGCAAGCCUAUCUACAGGAUAUGAACGCUAAGGACCUAACCACGCUGACGCGAUCUAUGGGGGACAACUGUAAGGAAUCCAAGUCUACUGAGAGCUUGAACACGCACUCAAGAGGUAGUAGCAUGUCCGACGUGUCGCUGGGUUCCCCGCAGCUGCGGCGUGCUGCCGUUUCUGCUGACCCCAAUGCCGCUGCCAACAAGCCCGCUAACACUGAACAGAAGGAAAGGAGCGGCGGCGGCGGUGGCGGCGGUGUAGCCGGAGCGGUGCGGCGCGCUCUCGGCGGCGCGGCCGCGCGGCGGGCGUCGUCCUUCACGUCGGUGGAGCACUUCACGCGGCGCCAGGCCGGCUCCGUGGACGUGUGGUGGCUGUACGACGACGGAGGUUUAACCCUCCUUCUGCCAUACAUCUUGUCAACGCGCCGUGCCUGGUCGUCGUGCCCGCUGCGCGUCUUCACGCUCGCCAACAAGAACACUGAGAUGGAACUCGAGGAGCGGAAUAUGGCUUCUCUUCUAUCGAAGUUUCGCAUAGACUACUCAGCCCUGAAGAUGGUAUCUGAUAUUACGAAGAAGCCGAAAGACUCCACAUUGGCGUACUUUGAACGCCUCAUUGCACCGUUCCGUACUACGGACGACUCCAAUGAUGCUCUAGGCAUAACCGACGCAGACCUACUGGCCGCCCGCGAACGUACCCACCGCCAUCUUCGUCUACGAGAGCUCAUCUCAACACAAUCCUGCGGAGCUCGCCUCGUCUGUGUAACACUACCCAUGCCUAGAAGAAGGAACGUCAUACCACCUGCUUUGUACCUGGCUUGGCUACAUGCUAUUGCGACAUCUGUGGAUAGAGUACUGUUGCUGAGAGGAAACCACUCUGCUGUGCUGACGUUUUACUCAUAAUUUGGACCGUGUGUCAAUAAUAUUAAGGUCAGUUUUACAUCAACUAUUGUCUCUUUCCAUAUAUUUCAACACACUAUAGCGCUCGACUUGUCUGUAUACUCGUACCAUUAGACCAUUAAUUACCCUGUCAUGACAUGUUACUCUUAAACUGGAACGUAUGCCAAUAGCAGUAAGAUCAAUUUUAUAAUAGCAUUAUAACCCCAUCUAUGAUAAUGAAUUCAAAAUUAAAUACAACCUCGUAAAAUUGCCUAUGGGGCGAAGUGAUAUACCACCGGCCUGAAGCUAAGUUUUAUGAAAAUAAUUUUAUAACUCCCGCCACAUUAGAACACUGAUAUUUGCUUUGGGAAUGAGUUAUUUCCAAAUACGUAUAAAUUUUCAAUAAUUGUUUUCAAUGUUUGAAAUUAGCAUUAAAUUAUUUUUAGUUUGAAUAUGUAGUACAAAUUUCCAAAAUGUAUUUUAGGCAUCUUAUUAAGUCUCGAAUAAACUGAUAUUUUGAAGUAAUUAAGCUACUUAGGGCCGCUGAAAUCAAACUUUUUUCAGCUUAACAUUAUGUUUAGAUUCUUUUGAGUCUACGUUUCCAAAAUAGUGUUUUCAUCUUUUGUGUAAUAAUAUCAUAAUGUCCUAUAAUAUUUAUUUUUUAGCUCCUUGACCAAGUUGAAUAGCAAAAUUCUUUCAACGAGAAUGCUGCCAUGACAAGGCAAACAAAAUGUACAGUUGACUUUUUUUAACCUUAUUACUGUGUCACAGAAUAAGUAAUAGUAACUAUGUUUUGUCAACAUUUCAAGGAAAAAAGGUCAUAAUCUUAAUAUCGUGACUGUACAGUAACAUAAGGAGGAGAAUGAUUCUUGUAUUACGUAAUACGUAAUUAUUAAUAUCAUUAUUCGAAUCUCAAUUUUAAUGCAAUUUGUCGCUUUAUGCCCGCUAAUAUGGCGUUUUAAUAACGCCUUGCUUAACUCUCAUAGUUUUAAUAAAUCAUGUAGCUUAGAUAACUGAGAGACAACCUUUAUUAAGCUUUAUUUUAUGGUUUCCUGAAAGUACAAAGUGGCUUUAUCGUAAAAUAGUAAUACAUUAAACGGCAUGAUUAAAAUAUUGCUAAGCGCAAUUUGUAUAGCAUUUUAUUAGAUGAGGCUCACUAACGUAAUAGGCUAUUUGACUAAUUUUUGAAAAUGGUUUUAAUUGAUUGUUUAUGACUUAAUAAUUACACUACAUUGAUAUUUCCGUGAAAUUUCCUGUAUUAAAUAUAAAAAAAAACAAUGUUAAAGUUUAUUUAUUUUGAACGCGCCUUAAACGCUGUUUUUGCAAAGGGGCUAAUCACGUGACAUGUGUGACGUCACGCGCAAGUAAACUCGGUCAAUGACCUUAGUUAAUCUUAUGGUUUAUGUGCAUUGAAUUCAUUAUUUCACUGUAAAAUGGUAUAUAAAUGGUGUAUAGUACCUCAAUGUUCAAGUACGACUAUAAAAAAUCCAGACAAAUCGUUUGUUUCCAUUCCAACGAAUCCCAAAAAAGAAAAAUGUGUUUAAAACUAGCGCGAAGAGACCCAAAGAGCAUUUUAGCGCAUACAAAUGUUUUUAUGUGUGAAGACCACUUCGAUGUAAGUAAUAUUUAACUGUAAAUAAAUAUGUAAUUAAAGCAGCGGAUUUUGUUAUUUAACGAAACAAGAUCUAGGUAUUUAAUGUAUUACUACAUAACCUCAUAACAUAGCUCUUUCAGCAUUAGUAGGUAGUUAGUAGCAUACUUUUUCUUUCAAACUAAAGUGCAGUAUGGAGAUACUAUUCUCGUCAUCGUAUUCUAUAUAUAUAUCGUCGUCGUAUUCGUAUCAUCGAAAUCGAAAUGUUCGUAAAUAAACAAUUUCUACGUAUACUCACACAGCUGUUUUUACAUUUCUAAGUUCCGCAGCAUAGUAAUCCGGAUUAUCUUUAAAGAAAAGUGCAACCAUUAACGCGUCUAUGUCUGGUAGGUUGCCGAUAUCAGCUUUCACAUAUUUCGACUCCAUUUUGAGAUUCUUAUGAAUAUUGUGCCACUAGAUAUAAAUACGGAUAAAUCGUAAUAUAUCAGAAAACUGUGGAACAAUAACUAAAAUUAACUAAAUACAAAUAAAACUACUAAAACACUCGAAGACAAUCAAUAAUGUUUACCCGCGUGUGACGUCAUCCGAGCGUUGACCAAUCACAGAGCGUUCACGUCCCUGAUGAAAUUUCAAAAAAUAUUAAAUUUUCUUUCGUUUAUUUUCCAAAAAAUAAACAUAAUUUACAUUCAAAUAUAGUGAAGUAUACUUUAUUAGUUUAUUAUCUUUUAGGAUGACAGCAAUUCGUUAUAUAUUUUUAAUGUUGUCAAAUACCCUAUUGGCUAUUGGGUGAUCUGAUCUGAGCCUUUAAUUUGAACAGCUUUAACUGUUAUAUUACCUAUAUAUUCCACUAUUAUUUAUAUUCAUAGGAUUAUACAUAUUAGUAUAAUACCUAUUACAUUCAUAUUUUUGUACAAUCGUAGGUAUAUUUGUAAACUAUACCAGUGAGUGCCUGUUGUAACUUCUGAGUACUGAAUAUAUUUUAUACGAAAUGUACACAAGCUUUUUACAAAUAUACACAAAUUAGAUGUAAGGUUUGGAGUGUAUUUUUGUAACACAGCUGUUUCAACCGUCAAAUUUGGUUUGGGUUUUAAAUUGUGUUUGAGUGCGUGUGUAAAAAAAUAAAAAUUAUGCAAAUAUUCCAAUUAUAUUCGACACCAAUGGUUUGGUACAGAAAAAUAGGUUAAUUUUUAUUUUGUACAUGUAUUUUUAAAGUUACCGAGUUGGCUAGGUGUACGCUAUGGCCUGGCGGUUAUGGGUCACAUUAGAUAUUUGACUUUUACACCCAUAAUUCCCACCUAGCCAAAAAACCUUGUAUACCGUUAUAAUUCGCAAUAUAUACUGCGUAGCAGUUUAUAGGCUUAGUUUUCAUUUUUCAGAUUUUUGUUAUUAUCUAUUUUAUACAAUUUAUUUAAAAGCACAUAGCGCUUAUUUUUGUUUGUUUAUCGUAUUGCGUUUUGUUAUUUAAUUUAUUCAUUUAUAUAGCACAUUCAAUGUACCUUGUAAUUGCUAUUUUUAACCGUAGAAUAAGUUGCUCGUAACUUAUUUUAGUCUAAAUAUACAAUGUCAGUUUUGUGAUUAAAUUACUUGACACCA